AACUGCUGGAAGGGAAAGGAACAUAAAUGUUGUAUAACUGCAGGAUAAUUACAGCAAGCAGCACAAGCAGUCUCUGUACUAAACCUUCACCAUUCCCAUACAAUUAUCUAUAUGUGACAUAUUGGAACUGGGCUUAAAAAUCCAUGUUUUUAGGAUUUAGCAUGGAUUGAUUGCACUUGCUGGAUGAAAAUGUGUGACAUUUUUCUGUUACUUUUGCAUCCAGUUGAAGCCAAGCAGUGCAAAUCUGUGGGACAUGAAAACAAAACACUUGGAAGUGGGGAUUUAAUUAAUGUUGCUUCUGUGUAGAUCAGUGCUUUUGUUGUUUUUGUUUUUUAAUUCAAUUGAAUCCUUCUGUGCCUAAUCUGCAUCACUAUGAUUUAUUCUCAGUUUUGAAUAAUGUAAUAAAAUCUCUGUUUCAUUUGAAGGGGUAGAGGACCAUUGAAGAACACAUCUGAUGUAAUUAAUGCUGCAAAAAUGAUUUCAGAGUCAGGAUCGAGGAUGGAUGUCCUUGCACGGCUGAUUGCCAAUCAGUGUCCAGAUCAGUCAUGUAAACAGGAUUUGUUGGCUUACCUAGAACAGAUCAAGCUGUACUCCCAUCAGCUCAAAAUCUGCAGUCAAGUUAAAGCAGAAAUCCAGAAUCUAGGUGGAGAGCUCAUCAUGUCUGCUUUGGAUAGUGUCACCUCCCUAAUUCAGGCUGCCAAAAAUUUAAUGAAUGCUGUGGUGCAGACAGUGAAGAUGUCCUACAUUGCAUCCACAAAGAUUAUCAAGAUCCAGAGUCCUACUGGCCCACGACAUCCUGUUGUGAUGUGGAGAAUGAAAGCUCCAGAGAAGAAGCCCCUAAUUAAAAGAGAGAAGCCCGAAGAAAUCUAUGCUGCUGUCAGAAAAGGUUCUGCAAAGAAGAGAAUCCAUCCUCUUCAAGUCAUGAGUGAAUUCAGAGGCAGAGAAAUAGUCUAAUGUUCUGUCACUUUUUAUGUUCCUCUCCUAAAAUUCUGAUGAUUUUUCACUUUUUCCCCAAUUUAUUUAAUAACCGUAUAUUAGUGUUUUGCUUUUUAUAAAUCUGUAACUUCACAUUUGCUUAAAUUACUUGAAAAUGACAUUGGAUUAUUUAACUGCACACAUAUGAAAAGUACUCGUUUUGCAGUGUCAAACUCUCCUGCCUUCAUACUGGUAGGUUUCAGCAGAGCACUUCUGAGCAAUACGCCAUGGCACUGUGUCACAGCCAGUGAAAAGCAGAAUGCAGGGUGCCAAACUCUGCUCAACGUCCUUCUGCAUUUGCUAAUCAAGUGUUCCUUCACCACUAAUACUAAACUGCGUGUAGUUCAGGACAUACAGAAUUUUUAAGCAUUGUGUUUGUUGGUACAGAUACUUAAUCAGGAUCAUUACACUGAUCAAAACAGCUGGACUGCCUGAUGCUAGCUGAGGGUCUGGGCCCUUAGCUUUAAUCUAGAUUGAAAGAUCUGAAAACCAGCCACCUGCAAGGCCUAUCAAAAUAGGGACGGAUAUGUAAGCUUGAAAUUUUUGAUGAAACAGUGUUAAAACAAUAUGGAUCUAAGAAUGCAAUAAAAAAGCAAUGACUGCAAUAUAGAAAUAAUAGCUCUUUAAAAGGCUUUAAUUAAUUAACAGGUGUUCUGCUUCCUAGUGUACUCACAAGCCCUACAACAUCCUACUGAUAGACUAUUCUAAUAACAAUAGAAAAUUUUCUAAUCAUAGAUCAAAAGAACAAAUAUGGGAUACAUCAUUAUUCUGAUAUUGUGUGUAAAAAAAUUACACGUACAUCUUGAAUCCAAACAAUGUAAUGACUUUGCUUAUGACAGUUUAGUCUGAAAGGCAGGACUGUUCUGUCUAGCAACUUGUUAAAUGACUAUAUUAUAUUUCAACAUAUGUAACAAAGUGCUUUUAGUCUCUGAUUAUUACCAGGCCUCUGUACAGUACCUUUGGGAAGAGUGGUUUUUCUAUAUGUGUUUCAAUCCUAAAUCCACUUGGAUUGAUUUUUUACAAGAAGCAAACUUGUCGUGCCUGCCCUGUCUCUGUUUUCCUAGACUUCACUCCUUACUCGUCUUUUCUUUGCAAGUAGAUCCUUUUUGUGGUACGACUUUUGUAUUAUCUCAGGUAAAAGGGCUCUAUCAAAUGCCAGAGCAUCAACCAUUCAGGACAGUACAGCAUUAUAAUUUCUAGGUUGUUGAUUAACAAACCCCAACAAAACCUGUAGUGAUCAUUCAUUAGAGAUUUUAAACAACAGGAUUCCACUUUCACCAAAAUGACAUUCUGUCAAAUAGAACAAAAUUAAGGAAGAGUUUGGAAAAAAAACUAUAUUUCACAACACAGAUCUCCUCCAAUAUGGUUACAUCAAGAUCUUAGUCACAUCUAUAGGUUUUUGUUAGUCUCUUAAGAACACAGAGUGAGAAGCAGCAAACAGUUAAGUGCAGCAGGUAAAGGCAGUAUAGCCAGUUAUUCAAUCUAC